AUGUCUGCUCGCUGGGACAUUAGCGUGAGAGUAGGAGGUAGUGUGUCGGAUUACACCGCGACGGUGACGACGUUGCCCGGUUUCUUUCUCCCGCCGCCGCCUCCGCCGCCUCCCCCUCCGCCGCCGCCUGCGUAAGUAGCAACCCAUCCCCAAGAAAACUUCACAGGCUCCGCCAUUGUCGAGGGCCGCCAGCACCUUUCGGAGACGCAAGAGAAGGGAUGCAAUGCGGCCGCACACCAAGCCUUUCCGGGAUGAUGGCUAACAUGAUGCAGCGCCAAUGACGACGACGACGACGACGACGACGACGACCUCAUCGAUCUGUGAGUCUUCCACCCGCCCUCUUCUUGCGAAGCAGAACUGACCAAGCCACAGCGGUGAGCCAGACGACCUGCCUGCUGUACCGCAGCAGGACCCAGCCUACGAGCGGGCCUGGCAAUUGUUCUGGGAUCCAUGGGCGGCGACCGCGAUACCCACGCCAGGGAUAUGGCACCUGGACGUCCUUGGAGGCCAACCGGUCUAUACGAGGACGGACCGGGGAGUUGGGUGGAUGCGCGCCGUCUUCCACGUACGAUUGCCAUUCCCCACGGCUUUUGGGCUGGGCUUCGUCGACGCCGAGAUCAUGUGCAGCUGGAGAUUUUUCUAG